CUUUUAUGGCCCUAGAGGGAAGUGUCCCCUUGGAGGGGGGUCUUUCCCUAAAGCCUUGGUGUUCUUUGCGUUCCAGCUGCCAUGGCCUCUGCUGUGCCCCACAAGGAGGAGGCUGUCCAGAGCUCCCCAGAGGUGGAGCAGGAGGCUGCAGUGAAGGAGGUGGCCAAUCUGAGCCUGGUGAGCUCUGCCUGUGACGUGGUUUCUGCAGCUUAUGCCUCCAGCAAGGAGAGCCACCCCUACCUGAGGUCUGUGUGUGACACUGCAGAGAAGAGAGUGCAGAGUGUGACCGAGGCCACGGCCAGCUGUGUGCAGCCUGUGCUGGCCACCCUGGAGCCCCACGUUGCUGCAGCGAGUGAGUAUGCUGCCAAGGGUUUGGAUAAACUGGGGGAGAAGCUGCCACUCCUUCCAAGGCCAGCAGAACAGAUUCUCUCUGACACAAAGGAGUUGCUGUCAUCCAGAGUGGCUGAGGUGAAGGAGGCUGUGAGCAGCAGAGUGCUGGAGGUGCUGGAUGUCACCAGGGAGACUCUGCAGGGCAGCGAGGGGGCUGCCACACCCGCAGUGACCAGUGCUGCUGGGCUGGCGCCUGCAGGGGGACAGAAGAGUGUCUGUGGAGCAGAGGCUGCGCUGGGGACAGCAGAAGGUGACUCUCUCCCCAUUGGAAAGGAGGAGCUAGCGCAGGGGACGGUGCGUGAGGAGGGCGCGGCGGUGCUGGCCCGGCAGCGCUCUGUGCGCCGGGGCUCUGGCUCGGAGGAGCUGAGCCUCUUGGCCCCGCUGCGCUCCACAGGCAGGAUCAGGCCGGUCUGGCAGGGCGUGCAGGGGGCCCUGGCGCAGCUCCACUGCAUCCUCGGGCUGAUUGAGGCGUUUAAGCAAGGAUUUAAUCAAAAGCUUCAGGAGGGGCAGGAGAAACUACAGCAGAUGUGGCUGGACUGGAGUAGGCAGUAUCUCAAAGAGAGUGGAGAUAAAAGCCCUGCAGAGCCUGAGGAGAUGGAGUGUCUGACGCUGCUGAUGGCACGCAGGAUCAGCCAGCAGCUGCAGCUCACCUGCUCUGGGCUGGUGGCUGCCAUGCAGGGCCUUCCCUGCAGCCUGCAGGACAAGCUGAAGCAGGCUCUGGGUGCCAUCAAGGAGCUGCAUGCUGCUUUCUCAGAGGCAAACUCCUUCCAGGACUUGUCCAGCAGUGUCCUGACCCAGAGCCAGAGGGAGCUGGCUGUGAUUCAGGGGUACAUGGAGGAGCUGCUGGAUUACCUGAAGAACAAGACUCCUCUGUCCUGGCUGGUGGGACCCUUCUCCCCCAGGGAGGAGGAGGAUCAAUCCUCCCAGGAGGAGGCAGGGGCAGCAGGAGCUGGGCACCUGGACACCUCCAGCACCCCCAUGUAAAGGCUAAAGCAAUAACAGCUGUUGGCUUUAAACCCUCAGUGAGUGGAAAGUGUGAAGAACUGUCUUCCUAAAAGCUGCUUGUACAGGGUCAGAAAUGCUUAAAAUAAAA